AGGAAACACGGUUGGACUCGACCCCUGUUUGGCUCUUCUUUCUCUGGCCCUUCUCUCCGCUCCCUUCUCCUCCUUCACUUCCCCUCUCUCCCCUCUCCUCCCCGUCACGGGCGAGAGGUCAGGCGGAGUCACAACCACCUGCAGGAGAGCUCCUCCCCGGGAAAUAAGGGUCUUCUGGAAGAUUAUUCCUCCCUCAAGGGUUGUGGCCGUCGAAUUGACCUGAAAGAUCUCAGUUUUAUUCCGAAGGAAGGAUUUCUCAUCACAAAUCCUGAUUUGCGUACUGGUGGUGGAAAGUUUCAUGUUUACGAGGCGAGGCUGUGAGAAAUCCGUGCAGCUCCCAUGGAUAUCGUGAACCCUGAUUGGCACAUCAGGCGAGAAGGGGAGGUAGCCAGUAGGAGGUGACAGAGCAAGAAUAAGAGGUAGAAUAGAAAUAGGCAACAAUGGGAAGGACGAAGGAGAAGGAGAGGAGGGAGCUCUCCAUCGGGGAGCCCCUCCUCACCUCCCUCUCCAUGGAGAACAGCAGCAGCCACCCCAGCACUCUCCUCUCCAUGGACCCAGCCGGAUCUGCUGAGUCCUCCGGCGGUGGUGGCGCCAAUGGGGUUGGUAGUGGUGGUGACCGGGAACUAUUCAUCAUUCCCCGGCAUGAGUCUGCACAUCCGGGUCCGCCGGACAUCAACCUCCCACUUUCUGCAGACCCCUCCCCACCACCUCCGUCAUGGAGCCUCGACCCGUUCGACAUACUUGAUGUCAAUCUUGGCACGCACACUUAUGAGUCUGAGGUUGCACUUACACUUCCAAAGUCGACUGGCAAUGGUAGUGCUGGAGUCGGUGUCGGUGCGAGGAAGUGUGCUAAGAGAGGGGACAGCAUUUGGGGUGCAUGGUUCUUCUUCAAUCACUACUUCAGGCCUGCACUUGUGGAGAAGCCAAAGGGGAAGGCAACACGAGAUGCGUCUGGAAGCAUCUCGGGCUUCGACAAGUCUGACCUUCGCCUUGAUGUCUUCCUGGUGCAGCAUGACAUGGAGAACAUGUACAUGUGGGUUUUCAGGGAGCGGCCUGACAAUGCCCUUGGGAAGAUGCAGCUCCGGAGCUUCAUGAAUGGGCAUUCCAAGCAUGGGGAGCCAUCUUUUCCAUUCAGUGCUGACAAGGGCUUUGCGAGGUCACACCGCAUGCAGCGAAAGCACUACCGCGGGCUGUCCAACCCGCAGUGCCUUCAUGGGAUUGAGAUUGUGAACUCACCAAAUUUAUCAUCAGUUCCUGAGGCUGACUUGAAGAGGUGGGCUGAACUCACAGGCAGGGGACUUAAUUUCUCAAUACCAUCAGAAGCCAGUGACUUUGAAUCAUGGAGGAGUCUUCCGAGCACUGAUUUUGAACUUGACAGGCCACACUUACCAUCAUCAAAGAGUGUUGCACAUGGCUCUCAUAAUCAUAAAAAGGGACUGAAUGGUUCAGGUCUCAACUUAUCUACUCCACCAUCAUCAGAUGAUGGGAUGGACCUUUCGCCAAAAUAUGCCAAACGCCGCAAGGAUUUCUUUGGCCAUGGUGUAGAGGAGGACUAUGUGAUGGCAAACAAUUCGUGUUCUGAUAGAGAGCAAGAGGUUGAAGUCCACCCUGGUGAGCCAUCAUGGAUGCAUGAGUUCACUGGUGUGGCAAAACAUGCAAGUGGGCCUGUCACUGCUGCCAAGACAAUAUAUGAGGAUGAUGAAGGAUACUUAAUCGUGGUGAGCAUGCUCUUCUCUGAUCCACACAGCGUCAAGGUGUCUUGGAGGAACACGCUGACACACGGCAUCGUGAAGAUAACAUCUGUGAGCACCGCUCGGAUGCCCUUCAUAAAGAGGCAUGAAAGGACAUUCAAGUUGACGGACCCUUUCCCUGAGCACUGCCCUCCCGGCGAGUUUGUGAGAGAGAUACCUCUGGCUACACGGAUUCCUGAAGACGCAAAGAUUGAGGCGUAUUAUGAUGAGACAGGAACUGGAUUGGAAAUCAUGGUCCCAAAGCACCGAGUUGGACCAGAGGAGCAUGAAGUUCAGGUCUGCAUGAGGCCCCCGCACCUUGGUGACAACGAUCUUGUGCUAUCAUAGAACAGGAAAAACAGUUAGCCUUUAGAUCUUCCGGUGUCAUGCCAUGAGAUACUGCAAUGUAACAGGUCAUGCCAUGGAUCAAUGGAUCAGUGAAAGCCUUCAUCUUUUGCUGCUAGACAUUUAGCUGAUAAGUUGAACUUCUUUGAACCCCCCCCCCCCCCUCCCCCCUCGUAGUGUUGGUGAUUUAGGCAAAAGUUACCUCUAUUAAUUCCCCUCGUACCUUUACACAAGUACAUCACAAUUGGUGAUCUCCUUGACUAUUUGAAAGCUGGCUGGUUAAGAUUA